GGAGGGUUCUCCGGCCCGGCCGUCCCCCACUGUCAGCGAGGACUGAGUCUCCCUCGAGGGGUCGUGGACGGGACACGCGGGUGGGCCCCGGAACCCCGUCCUUCCCCGGGGCACAGCCCGCUUUGGUCCCCGCGCCCUCGUCUCUGGCGUCUGUGCUAGGCCUCCCUCGUGUGGUGCUGUGAUCGGAAGGUUAGCACAGUGUCCCUGAGGUUCCCCUCCCGUCGCUUUCCGGCUUCUCUGCGUCUUCCUUCAUGUUGGGAUCGGUGCCUGUAUCACCUGCCCUACGUUUCCUGGCGUGUCCCUAAGGUAUCAGUAUAAUCCAGGGCCAGGGCCUCCGUGGAGGGUCUUUGAAAGAAUGUUUAUUGGAAAGGAUUGCAAAAGCUUGCAAAGACAGGAGAGGAAAGCUCUCCAGAGCUGUUAGGAGGUGGCAGUCCUAAGACUGCACUGUCCUGAGUACCGGCGGUUUGCACAUGCGGAGGGAGGACCCGACUUCUGACUCAUUCGGAGAUGAGCAGGUAGUGUGAAAAAUGAGAUAGAAGGGAAUGCGUGUAUUUAUAUAUGAAUUCCCGAUUUAGGUUGGAGAGAUCACAGCAGCCCUGAGAAUGACAUUUAAGUACAAACCUAGUUCAUUCAUUCAAUAAAUAUUUUAAGUACCUGUCAGAUUUCAAGAAUUCAGGAAAUGACAGUGAACAGCAACAACAAAAGUCCCUGUGCAAGGAGUUUGCACUCUACUGGGAUUGAUGAGUUUAAGCCAGGUGAAAGAUAAAGAUAAGAGUACUGUAGUUAUAAAUAUUGUACAGUACAAAUUCCCAAUCAUGAAGUAGGUGGUUUUGGUGAUGCUAUUUUGCUGUUUGGUUUUUUGGGCGGUAGGACGCUGAGUUUCCUUUGUGCCUUUUGCAGAAAUGGACCGGAAAGUGAUUAGAACUCUGUGGGAUGCUCUCCCAGCCCUUAAAUACUCAGUUUUAUGGGUAGUGCAACACUUGUGCAGAGAGUAGUGUUCAACAUAGACAGUCUUGAUACCACAAGAAACACUGGAAAAUACACUAGGAGGAAGAGCUUAUUAAUAGGAUUUGGAGUGAAAAAGCACAGUAGGUAUGGCAGUCUCCACUAUAAAUUAUAUUUGAACUGGAUCUUGAUAGGAUUUGGAACUAUAAAGAAGGGUAAAGGCUUCCCAGACCAAAAAAAAAAAAAGUUAUGCCGGCCAAGAAUUCAGCUGUAAGGAAUAUUUGGGAAAGGAAUGGCAGUUUUUGUGUCAGUUAAUGAAUCUUCUUAGAGUCUAGGCCAAGAAAUUUGAGCUUUAAUGUAUUUUGACUGAUGGGAAGUCUUAAACUUUUUAGCAGGAAAAUAAAAAUGAAAAAGAAAACUUUAUUUCAGAAAAUGAGUUUGACUAAUGUUGAAGUAAAGGCUAAAAACUAGAUUAUUGUUAUCGUUCAAGUAAGUUAAAUGAGAACUCGAAUUAUCAGUGCAAAUGAAAAAUGAGAUAUAUAGAGGGUGUUGGUGAGUCAGAAUCCACAGGAAAGCCCUGUUGAUUGGAUGCAAGGAGUAAGGCUCAGUGAGGAAAAGAUAACAGAGAGUUUUGUUACUUAUUGAAAUAAAGUGUGAGAGAUAAUUUUUCAGGGAAACAUUCAUUAUCUCAAUUUUAGUUGUAACUUUAUUUUAGAUACCGUUGGGGCAAUCAGGUAAAGAUGUCUAUGAAGCAGUUAGAAAAGUGGGAUCCGAGCUGAGUGGGGGCAGUUGUCUAGAGAGUUUAGCGGAAAACAUAGUAUGUAGAAUGUAGGAAAACCAUGGUAGCAGAACCAAAGAAGGUAGGCAAGGAUAGAUCUGUGAGCAAUACUGAGACAACAGGGAUGAAAAGACGGGCCAGAGACAGAGACAGUGACCAGAGACAGAAGAGGAAAACCAGUCUAACCACUCUCAAAGAAGAGGCCUCUGGAAGCGAGAGUACCUAGAAUGUGUUUAGUUGGCCUGCACUUGGUAACUCCAGGGACACAGCCAAGUCCAGCUGGCAGAUCUUGGAAGAGAAACAGCGUUACAAAGAGAAAUUUAUCACUGGCAAAAGACCCCAUCACAUCAUCUAGGGAAGAUUUUGCAAUGGCUGCAACUGUGAACUUGGAACUGGAUCCCAUUUUUUUGAAAGCACUAGGUUUCUUACAUUCAAAGAGUAAAGAUUCUGCCGAAAAGCUGAAAGCACUGCUGGAUGAGUCUCUAGCUCGGGGCAGUGAUUCCAGUUACCGCCCCACUCAGAAGGAUGUGGAACCACCCAAAAUUUCAAGCACAAAAUCUCUUCCUAUUAAGCAAGAGCCCAAAACAUCAUCCAGUCUUCCUCCUGGCAAUAACAAUGGCAAGGUCCUUCCAACUGAAAAGGCAAAGAAAGAGGCUGAAAAGAGGCCUGCUGAUAAAAUGAAGUCAGAUAUCACUGAAGGAGCUGAUAUUCCAAAGAAACCUAGAUUGGAGAAACCAGAGACACGGUCCUCUCCUAUUACCGUCCAGACCAGCAAGGAUUUGGCCAUGGCUGACCUCUCCAGCUUUGAGGAGACCAGCGCUGAUGACUUCGCCAUGGAGAUGGGGUUGGCCUGUGUUGUUUGUAGACAGAUGACAGUGGCCUCUGGUAACCAACUGGUGGAAUGUCAGGAGUGCCAUAACCUCUACCACCAGGACUGCCACAAGCCCCAGGUGACAGACAAGGAGGUGAACGACCCUCGCUUGGUGUGGUAUUGCGCCCGAUGCACCCGACAGAUGAAGAGGAUGGCUCAAAAAACUCAGAAACCACCACAGAAACCAGCCCCCACCACUGUUUCUGUAGCUCCGGCUGUGAAGGAUCCCUUGGUUAAGAAACCAGAAACCAAACUCAAGCCAGAGACCACCUUCCUAGCGUUCAAGAGGACAGAAGUCAAGACAUCCACUGUUAUUUCGGGAAGUUCCUCUAGCGCCAGUGUUUCCUCUUCAGCAACCAGUGGCCUAACUGGAUGGGCAGCUUUUGCAGCCAAAACAUCCUCUGCUGGUCCAUCAACAGCAAAAUUGAGUUCCACAACGCAAAACAGUGGCGGGAAGCCUGCCGCCGCCUCAACUGGCCAGAAGCCCGUGGGUUUGACUGGACUGGCGACAUCUUCCAAAGGUGGACUCAGCUCCAAGCUAGGGUCCGGCAACAGCACUUCACCCACUGUGCCACUGAAACCACCACCUCCUUUGACCCUGGGCAAGACUGGCCUUAGUCGCUCGGUUAGCUGUGACAAUGUCAGCAAAAUAGGUCUUCCAAGCCCCACCACUUUAGUUUCAGGAAGCAGCAGCCAAGUAAGUGGGAAUGGAAAUAGCGGCUCACCAGGGCCCAAUGGGAAUUCCACCUGCAAAACCGCUUCCGAAGCCAGCAGCAGCCCCGCAGCUUCCCUUAAAGGUCCAACGUCACAGGAGUCCCAGCUCAACGCCAUGAAGCGGUUACAGAUGGUCAAGAAGAAAGCGGCCCAGAAGAAACUCAAGAAGUGAGGUAGCUGCGUAGCUUGUUCUGCCGUGUUACCCUGGAGGUGAAAAAGCUACUGUAGGACAUGCACUGCCGUAUUCCGUAAUUUAAUAAAAAUCUUGAUAAUCCCUCUUUAUCGUCUCUUACCU